UCACUGCACUCCAGCCUGGGCGACAGAGUGAAACUCCUGGUCUCAAAAAAAAAAAAAAAAAAAAAAUGCUAACCAUAGUUCUGAAGUCUUUGGCCAUGAGUGUUCUUUAAUGGUCUAAAAAGCGGUUUUAGUCAUGCCGGUGCCAAGGAGCUCUCCUCACAUCUCCAUAGCGUCAAUGUUGACCUAUUUUAUAUAUUUUUAAGUUGCAGAUUAUAGAUACAGAAAGAGAAAAUUGUCCUUUAUGUGUGCAUGAGUAUACAUGCACUGUGCCUGUGCUACACCAAUGAAAUAUUCCAAAAGACACAUUGCUCACUUAUAGUCUGAAGUUGAUAUUUGUUAACUUUUAAAUCUAUAUGUGGUCAGUGUAAGUGGUUGGUUUUUAUUCUUGUCAAACAAUGAAAUAACUUAAAGCAGCAUGGGCUAAUGGUGGUAUUUUUUUUUAACCACAUGUUAAUUUGUUGAAGGACGAAGUGAACAUAAGAUUUUUGAUAAUCAGCCUAAAGCUUCAGAAAUUGGAUCAGUAAGAGCUAAAGAUGAAAUCCUGGGAAACCUUCCCAGGCACUGUGCAGGGGAGGGAGGGGCUGGACCGCCACUGCUGUGAGGGAGGAAUGGGAAGAGCAGCCCCUGGCUGGGUGAGAAGGGCAGAGUGGAUGGCCCUUCAUUCCUGGAAGGCUGAAGCAGCCAGAGGCAGUGAUUCAUCUCUUUAAUGUCUAAUCAGGGAGAGAUACAGGAGUGACGUGAGUUUUAUUUUCAUUUUUGUUUUAACAAGUUCCCACUGUAUCUUAAUUCUCAAAAAUGAUCUGGCCUAAUCUAUAGAACUGGCUGAGUUUGAGAAUCAUUUAAAAUUUGGAAUUUUCUAUACAAGUCAGGAACAUACCUGAAAGCUAAAACAUUUAAUGGAGGCAGGGGGGCUGCCCCCAGCUCCCUUCUGCCAUUUACACAAAAUAUUUGAAAACAUGUCUGUAAAUAAUGUUGUAGAACUGAGAUACUGAGUAUCAUGUAAAGGACCCUCAGAUGGGACAGGCUGUUGAACAACUUUCCUAGAUCAUGAAGUGGAAUUUCCUUUUUGAGUAGUUUCUUGCAUGGUGUAUUCCAAUAGUUCAAACCCAGACCUACAGUUUGCAACCAGGCCAUCUGUAGACAAUAUAAUCUCUGGACUGCCCAGGACUUGUUGCUUGUCUUUCAUUUCAUUUUAAAUACAAAGCUCUUCCUUUAGCAUUCACCUUAAAGUCAAGGUGCUGGCUGCCACCUGCCAUGUCCUCUUAGAAGAUAAGAAAACAGUGGCUAUGGAGCCCUCACGGCUGGGAAGCUGACAUUCUAUGUACUUCCACAUGAGAAAAAGGAUAUUGGAAAGUUGCUUUAUUUCUGGGCAGCGUAGACUAAAGUUACUUUUCACAAGGCUGAUGCGUCCAGCCACCCCCAGUUGUCCAAGUUGGUGCAGACAUGAAUUGAUGAACUGAAACACUUUCCUUUGGCCUAGGGCCACCUAGAAUUGGUCUCUGGUUAUUUGUAAAACAAAAAGUAGAACUUGGUUCCAUUUUCAGAUGGACUAGGGAAUACUAUAAUUUGACAGCUUUGCAAUGAAUUAACAAAUACUGAAAAGUUGGAAAUGUGUAUAUACUGAAAUCUCACCAACUUUUACCUGGGGUGGGGUACCAGGAGAAAGGGGGUUAUAAUAGGGUAAGGGGGGGGGAUAAUGUUUACCACAGGUACGAAGUAGUCACUUUAACAUUGAGACCUCUGCCUCAUUGAAUUCAGGUUUUUUAAGUACUUGAAACUCUUCAGAUUCUCCUUAUUUUACAGUUUCUUUUUACAUUUAUGAAGUAGAAAGCAUUGUUUUGUAAACCGUUUUGAAAAUAAGUAGCCUAGUCUCUUAUCCUCUUUAGCGUGGAUUAAAGGUGAAGUGUUGCAAAUGGGAGAGUGUUCACAGUAGAUAGCUCGGAUUGAUUGAACACAUUUGAGGAAGAGACUCCUGCAUGAGAUACCAGCAUUUUUACAAAUACUACUUAUGUACGUUCUUUAUUUUGUCAUUUUGUCAACCCUGUCCCCAAGCACAUCUUCUUUCCUUUUACUAUGUCUAUGUAGGGAAAAAAACAAAAAAAUUGCACUUACGUUACACUCACAAAAUGUGGGUAAUCUGUGUCUUUCAAAAAACAUUUCUGUUUUUUGUUUUGUUUUGGUCAGUCCAUUGCGUAAGUGGCAAGUUUGGGUGCUUGUGGCAAGUAUGUAUGAAGUGGGAGGGGGAUGAGAAUUGCCUGUCCUUCAGUAGGCUGUAAAAGUAAUUUACAUGUAAGUAAAAAGGGAAAAUAGAAUAGAUGCCAAAGUCAUUUAUUCAGUCUUUAAGUUUUCUUAUGUGGCAUUACUGCAUCUGCUAGUUAGUGAGAACGCACCCUAAGCUUUUACUGCUCCCCUCCCUGCCUGCCAACACACUUGAUGUGUGCAAACAGCCCUCAAGUAUCUGUCAGAUUACCUAUAGAAGGUAUUGAUAAGGUAUUCUUGUCAGUUUAGAAAUGGACUGGAUAAAACUUACUUUGUUGUCAUUUUAUCUCAUUUGUCCUGUUACAUGCCCUAUGUUAAGAAAAUCAUAUUGCCACUAAUAACCAAGAUGCUAAAUGAGUAUUACAACUGGCUAAUAUCAUUUUUUAUAUACAAGGGUAUGUGUAUAUUUGGAAUUGAUACAAGAAAUUCAUUUGUACCCAUUUGAGUGAUAUUGCACAACAAAACACAGAUACCUACAGACUCCGUUUUCAUUUUCUCGUGUUCUUUAUGAUGAUCUUUGUAGAUUGGUUAUUUCUGUACUUUAUCUGUAAUAAACUUUGUAGAUCCUGUGAACUGUUAUUUUGCCUAAAUCACUUGAGACUUGAGUCUUUAAUAACAAAGCAUCAAUAUUCACUAAAGUCAAUCUCUUUUGAGUUUCUGUGACUUGGCUAGAAGCUCUUGACACUAAGGGAUUAGUGUUCAUUUUCCCUGGGGGUGUUCCACUAGGGCAUUACUGUAUAAUGACUUGAUGUUGCCACAUAGACUUCAAGAUAUAUAAUAUUUUGAGGAUUUUGUUGAUUGGCCUAUGUUUUAUUGCAUAGUGUGAAAUGUGUAAAGCUUGGUUAACCUGUAUAUAGAUAGCUUAUUGUUGACUAGUUACAGUGUAUUUAGGAUUGCCUGUAAUAUUUAAGCUUCUUUACUGAUGUGUGUGCUGGUAGGAACAUAUAAUUUUUGUACAUUAUAUUUACUGAUGUUGCCUUUUUUAUUUUACAAAUACUUUGGAAUUCCAAUGUGUUUUUUGCUUCCGUGAGGAUUAAUUUGGAAAGGUUUUUAAUGACAUUCCACUGAUUUCAGAUUUUGCUUGAGAUUGACUUCAAUAAAUUGUCCUGUAUGUUCCAAAUUAAAUAUAUGGGCUUGUUCUUUGCCAGUAAUUUUUUGCUACAACACUCUGGGCAGGAGGCCAUCCUGGGUGGGAGGACUAAAUGACACAAUCUAGCCAACCUCAGCCAGUGUAGUUUCCUGCAGAAUGCGGCUGUGUUGCUAGGGAACCAGGAUCUGAGAGCGAGCUGUUUGGUUUUCUGUUUAGAGGCGAGGUCCCGGGAGAAGGCUGCUCCCCGCGGUUGUGUAGUUGGGGUGUGGAGAGGAGCUGCUCAUGGACCGCACGCCGACCUACUCGGCUGAAACUGGGGCGUUGGCUCCCUGCUGAACGCACCGGAGGGCAGCUCCGCUGACUUUGCGUCCCCUUUGCCCUCGGCACAGCCGCCAGGCCGGCUUCCUGGGCAGCGGCCGGAGCGCGAGCGGCUGGGAGAGGGGGCGGUGAGCAGUUCUCGGCCCGGCCCUCCCCGCGGAGGCGGCCACGUCAGCGCGGCGUCGCUCGGCGCUCGCGGCCGGAUGGGGAAGGCGGCGGCGGCGGUGGCCUUUGGGGCCGAAGUGGGCGUGCGGCUCGCGCUGUUCGCGGCCUUCCUGGUGACGGAGCUGCUCCCCCCGUUCCAGAGACUCAUCCAGCCGGAGGAGAUGUGGCUCUACCGGAACCCCUACGUGGAGGCGGAGUAUUUCCCCACCAAGCCGAUGUUUGUUAUUGCAUUUCUCUCUCCACUGUCUCUGAUCUUCCUGGCCAAAUUUCUCAAGAAGGCAGACACAAGAGACAGCAGACAAGCCUGCCUGGCUGCCAGCCUUGCCCUGGCUCUGAAUGGCGUCUUUACCAACACAAUAAAGCUGAUCGUAGGGAGGCCACGCCCAGAUUUCUUCUACCGCUGCUUCCCUGAUGGGCUAGCCCAUUCUGACUUGAUGUGUACAGGGGAUAAGGACGUGGUGAAUGAGGGCCGAAAGAGCUUCCCCAGCGGACAUUCUUCCUUUGCAUUUGCUGGUCUGGCCUUUGCUUCCUUCUACCUGGCAGGGAAGUUACACUGCUUCACACCACAAGGCCGUGGGAAAUCUUGGAGGUUCUGUGCCUUUCUGUCACCUCUACUUUUUGCAGCUGUGAUUGCACUGUCCCGCACAUGUGACUACAAGCAUCACUGGCAAGAUGUACUAGUUGGAUCCAUGAUUGGAAUGACAUUUGCCUAUGUCUGCUAUCGGCAGUAUUAUCCUCCUUUGACUGAUGCAGAAUGCCAUAAACCAUUUCAAGACAAACUUGCACUUCCAACUGCACAGAAGAAGCCUGGGGAUUCUUAUUGUUUUGAUAUUUAAAAAUUGAAUCUGGCUGGGCAUGGUGGCUCACGCCUGUAAUCACAACACUUUGGGAGGCCGAGGAGGGUGGAUCACCUGAGGUCAGGAGUUCGGGACCAGCAUGGCCAACGUGAUGAAACCCCGUCUCUACUAAAAAUACAAAAAUUAGCCGGGAGUGGCGAUGUGCCUGUAAUUCCAGCUACUCGGGAGGCUGAGGUAGGAGAAUUGCUUGAACCUGGAGGCGGAGGUUCCAGUGAGCCAAGAUCGUGCCACUGCACUCCAGCCUAGGCAACAGAGCGAGACCCUCCUCAAAAAAAAAAAAAAAAAAAUUGAAUCUACCUUAAUGGAAAACAGGUGAACUAGCCCUCCUAACUGGACCAUGCACAAGACAAGAAAUUCUGGCCUUUUUUUCCUCUUCCAAGGUGCAAGUGAGGACAUAAGCUACACUGUAUUCUGCCUCCAAAUGAUUACACACUUUCGUCCCUGCUCACACAGAUCUAUCUUGAGGAGUUACGGUUCUUUUCUACUACUGUAUGCCAUACAUUCUAGUAAAAGGAUCUUUCAAUGGUGUCCAACACCUUAUAAAUCUGGUCUAUCAGAUUGAUAUCCGAAGAUCUACAGUGUUUUUACAUUUAAUUUAAACGCCAUUCUUAGAAAGAUCUUGUCACAAAGCCUUUACAUAGCCCCAUCUUAUCUCAGAAGCUAAUUAUCAAAACUUAAUUUCCAUUUCGUAUAGCUCAAGAUCUUAAAAUCUAGGACAUGGCCAACUAAAUUACUUUGAUUCUGUUUACCUUCUCUGAUGACAAUUCCAUCAAGCCUUAAAUAGGAAAAUGUUGAAUCUGGGGUAAUUUAUCACUUUUGUGCACAUCUUAUCUGAGUCCAGCCAUCUGGUACUGCUGUACAUUUUGAACACCGUGGGUAUAAACAAUCUGUUGAAUUACUAAGUGAACACAAUAAUAAAGAAGAAAAUGGUCAGGAGUGUGGUUUCAGCACUACUAACAGAUGACUGUUUCUACCUCAUUUAACCAUAACUGUGCUCAUGAGCUUCCUUCCUUCCAUUCAUGACUGAAGAUCUGCUCAAAUGCACCAACACUGCCAAGUGACUAAGGCAGAAAAGAAAAAUGACAGGUAUCAUCAUCUGAAGGACAGAUGAAUCUUUUUCUGCCUCUUCUUCACAAUGGGAUAUAAGGAACAAUUACAGGAUGUCAUCAGAACUGAUGCUGUAGGACCUACAGCUCCCUUUCUCUUUAUUGUGAUUGUACUUUAAAUAUGACCUUGUCUUUUAUGUGUAUCUUCCUAUAUUUUCAAUAUAUCUAUCUUUUUCCUUCAGUAAACCUGAUAUUCAAAUAAAA